UUCGAUUGCCUACAGACUCAAAUAUAUGUAGUCGGCUCUGAACGUUCACCUAAGAGUCGAUUCACUUGGAGCGACACUUAACUGUUGUGGACUAUAGUAAGACAUUAGCAUUAGCAUUAGAUGGGAGAUUGACAGGUGCAAACGCGCAGUUUUAUUGUUCCACUUGUGCAGAUGAGGAGAUGAAUGUGCAGCUGAACAUGAGCUCCAUCACACAAACACUCAGAGCAAUAUUAUUUGCGUUGGUUUUUAUUUUUGCAAUGAUUGAAAUUUCAUUAGCAGCUUCGACAGAUGAAGGUGUAACUCCUGCAUUUGAAAUUGCUGAAGGAUUAGACUCCUAUUGUGAUGGACAGACUGCAGACGACUCAGAGUCUCUGUCUCAGAAACAGUUUAAGACGGCAGAAAUCGCAGACGCUGUUCUGGGGACAGAGCUGUUUGAAAACAGAGCUAGGAUUGAAGCUCUUAUUCCUAAAAGCCUGAUCUCUACACCAUGUGAGAAGGAAGUGACUGAGGAGGUAAAGGAGAAGGAUGCGGGAAAGGAGGAGGUGGCAGUGAUUGAGGAGGAGGUUGAGAUUGAGAUGAAACAGGAAAGUCCAGCAGGAGGUGAAGAGCAGAACUCCACAGAAACUGCAAAGACAUACAAAGUGAGCUGUGAUAAAAGGAGCAUCACUGGACUUGAUACCUUCACAGUGCAGGUUCUCAACUCAUCACAGGACCUGAUGGACUUCCUGAACUCGAACAGCUCUGAAUGCUCAUUGGUUCUCUUCUACACUUCCUGGUGCCAAUUCUCCGCCCACCUUGCCCCGCAUUUUAACGCUCUGCCAAGAGUUUUUCCCAUCAUGCAUUUCCUCGCUCUUGAUGCCUCACAACACAGCAGUUUGUCGACACGCUUUGGGACUGUUGCUGUUCCCAACAUUUUGCUAUUUCAGGGCACUAAACCAAUGGCACGCUUUAACCACACAGAGAGAACGCUUGAGACCCUAAUAGCCUUCAUCACUAAUCAAACAGAUUGUGUUUGCAUUUCAGGGUUUGAGGCAGUUGUGGAUCAGAUGGUGACGGAUGAUGAUCGUGUUGGUCCUUUACUCAGCAUCCCAGUGAAGAGCAUCGAUUGGCUUUUUGUGUUCAGUGUCAUGUUUUUAUCUAUGUUCAGUUUGUACGCCAUCCUGCGGACCGACAGCAUCCGGCUGCUCAUCCCUGGCCACGAACAUGAUCACCAGGACUGAUUUGUUGUUGCUGUUGUUAUUAUUAUUAUUACUAUUAUUAUUAUUACUAUUAUUAUUAUUAUUAUUAUUAUUAUUAUUGCAAUGUUUGUACAAACCAUUUCUAAAAAUCUGUGAAUAUGGGUCAAAUGGAUGUUAGAAUAAACAUAACAAUCACAUAAUAAAUGAACAAUAAUAAUAGCUUAAA